AUGUUUAGAGCUCCAAUCACGGCAACCUCUUACUCAGGGACUCGAAUCAAUGCUCAUCGAGUUGUACUCUCUGCUUCCUCCAGAUAUUUCAAAGCUAUGUUCACAAGCGAUAUGGCUGAAAGCCGUAUGAGUGUGUUUGUCAAGACUGUAGUAUCGUCCAAAAGAAUUCGCCGAAAUGGUUUCCCAUGUGGUUACUGCCAUAUCGGUGGUUUCGAACGUUCAGGAACGAAUCGUAACACUUAUUUUUAA